AAUAACGAUCAUUUCUUAUACUGGGGUGAAGUGUUACAUCGUGGGGAUGAUGGCCUCGAGUGUCGAAUCCAGGUCAUUGAGCAGACUGAGUUCAUUGAUGACCAAACCUUCUUGCCUCAUCGGAGCACAAACCUGCAGCCUUACACGAAACGGGCUGCAAAUACGAAGCUUCAGUCUGCUGAGAAGCUGAUGUACAUUUGCACAGACCAGCUUGGGUUGGAACAGGAUUUUGAUCAGAAGCAGAUGCCUGAUGGCAAGCUCAACAUCGAUGGCUUUGUGUUGUGUUUAGAUGUAAGCAAAGGAUGCAAUAGGAAAUUCGACGACCAGAUGAAAUUUGUCCACAGCCUUUAUUCUCAAAUUUCCAAGACGAAAAAACCCAUAAUCAUCGCAGCAACAAAAUGUGACGAGUGUGUCGAGCAAUACCUGAGGGAGGUGCAGACGUUUGUUACAGGUAAAAAGAAUCUCAUGUUGGUGGAAACAUCAGCUCGAGCGUCUGUGAACGUGGAACUCUGUUUCAAUGCUCUGAUACAGCAGAUGGACAAAACCAGAGGAAAACCCAAAAUCAUCUCUUUUUUGGAAGCGUACAAAUCCCAGAGACAAUUAGUAGCUUCAGUUUCAGACAAGUUUGAAAAGCUCAUCGUUCAAACUGUCCGAGAU